CAUUGAUUGAAUGAUCCUCAGGAUUUGAAUAGAUUACACUGCGGCAUCGAGAUAUACAUUCGGCGAUAUGACAUCUCAGCCGAUCUCCAUCUUUUCCCGUCACAUCACUCUGUUUAGCGCGCUGACCGCGAUCAAACCGGACUCGACCGUAUCGCCUGUCAGCAUCUUCUGGACGAAUGCAUGCAUCGCCUUCUUUCCACUUUCCUCGAGAUUCAAGAUUGCCGGUAAAGAGGUAGUCUGGGGAGAUGACAAAAUGCCUGAUUGCGUCGUGCUACAAAUCGCCAUGCUUGACCCUCCCCCUGAGCCUCGGGGCAACGAUACUGUUUCAUCGGAAAAGCUAGUAUUCGUUGUGCAGUGCCGAAGCCCUGAAAAUAACACUCCGCCCGAGUGGAAAUCAGCAGAGGGUCAACUACUGGAUUACUGCGUGGGGAACAUCCGUGGAACAACGCGAACCUUUGCAGCCACGGCAAUCGGAACCAGAGUCAGAUUCUGGAAAUACGACAAACCAGCACUCACGCCUUUACUUGCCGAUGAUAAGACCUAUGAUCUGCUUGAUGGUUCUGGUAGCUGUGAAGUCAAACAGUGUCUGAACUAUAUUAGAGGAAAUGGAUGGAACUGGGUGCAGAAUGGUACCAGGCUGCCAUUGCAGCUCUAGGGAAGCUUCCGCCUUCGAAACGUUCGCUCGAUAAAGCAGGAUUUCAGAAAAAUACACCUUGCGGGGACUUAUGAGACUGUGAUUUUGUUUAUCUUUUUGUUUCCUCCGUCCGGGCCAAAACGUUUUUUUUCUUUCUUCUUUCUUUUGGAUUUUAUUUAUUUGUUUAUAUAUAUCUUGAUACUUUUGCCAAUUGAUGUGGAAAAUCUCA